UACCUUGUUGCAGAAAAACAUCUGGAAUCAACAGUGGAAAAACAGACCAGAGUGUAAUAUCAUAGAAAUCUUUUUUCAGAGCCAAAGAACUGAAGCCUGAUUGGAAGAAACAGUCCCCUUGGUUCCAUCUUCCUCCAUGGAUGCAGUUCCUGCUCUUCCAUUUGACUUGGUGUACCCCUGGGUUACUGUUCUUUGCCUCUGAUUUGUUCCCUAGCAGAUGUGGGCGCCCCAGCCAACAGCACAGAGGGGUGCAGGGGAGCCACAAAGAAGCCCCUUCUGAUGCCCCAAGGAGCAAGCCGACCCCUUCCAGGCUCCAGGAACACCACAAAGCAAUAUGAAACCUGUUCAUGAGAGGAGUCAGGAAUGCCUUCCACCAAAGAAACGAGACCUCCCCGUGACCAGCGAGGAUAUGGGGAGAACCACCAGCUGCUCAACUAACCACACACCCUCCAGUGAUGCUUCUGAAUGGUCCCGAGGGGUUGUGGUGGCCGGGCAGAGCCAGGCAGGAGCCAGAGUCAGCCUGGGGGGUGACGGAGCUGAGGCCAUCACCGGCCUGACGGUGGACCAGUAUGGCAUGCUGUAUAAGGUGGCUGUGCCACCUGCCACCUUCUCCCCAACUGGCCUCCCAUCUGUGGUGAACAUGAGCCCCUUGCCCCCCACAUUUAAUGUAGCGUCUUCUCUGAUUCAACAUCCAGGAAUCCACUAUCCCCCAAUCCACUAUGCUCAGCUCCCGUCCACCUCUCUGCAGUUCAUCGGGUCUCCGUACAGCCUUCCUUAUGCCGUGCCACCUAAUUUCCUCCCGAGUCCCCUCCUUUCUCCUUCUGCCAACCUUGCCACCUCUCACCUUCCACACUUUGUGCCAUAUGCCUCACUCCUGGCAGAAGGUGCCACUCCUCCCCCGCAGGCUUCAUCCCCAGCCCAUUCGUUCAGCAAAGCCCCCUCUGCCAGCUCCCCGCCUGGGCAGUUGCCACAUCACUCAAGUACUCAGCCACUGGACCUCGCUCCAGGCCGGAUGCCCAUUUAUUAUCAGAUGUCCAGGCUCCCUGCUGGGUACACCUUGCAUGAAACCGCCCCUGCAGGUGCCAGCCCAGUUCUUACUCCUCAGGAGGGCCAGCCUGCUCUGGAAGCAGCCGCUGCCAAUGGACAGAGACCGCGAGAUAGGAAUUUAGCGAGACGGGAAAGCGAAGCCCUUGACUCCCCCAGCAGCAAGGGCGAGGGCCAGGGACUGGUGCCAGGGGUCGAAUGUGUGGUGGACGGACAAUUGUUUUCAGGUUCUCAGUCUGCACGGGUGGAGGUGGCAGUGCCAGCACACCGAGGGACCCCGGACACUGACCUUGAGGUCCAGCGGGUGGUGGGUGCUUUAGCUUCUCAGGACUACCGGGCAGUGGCAGCUCAGAGGAAGGACGAGCCCAGCCCCCUCAACCUGUCCCACCAUAAUCCCGAACUCCAAGGUGGGGGGCGAGGGCCAGCCAGGAGCACCGCCGAGAUGGCUGAGAAAAACCAGGCCCGAGGGGUCUCCCCUCACUCCCAUCAGGAACCCCUGAAGCAUAGACCUUUCCCCAAAGCAGUGGUUGUAGCCAACGGCAACCUGGUGCCCGCUGGAACUGACCCAGGCCUGCUGCCUGUGGGUUCGGAGAUCCUGGUGGCAUCAAGUUUGGACAUACAGGCCAGAGCCGCCUUCCCAGACAAGGAGUCAACACCACCCCCCGUGACUUCUUCCCAUUUGCCCUCCCAUUUCAUGAAGGGCGCCAUCAUCCAGCUGGCUACGGGGGAGCUGAAGCGGGUGGAGGACCUCCAGACACAGGAUUUUGUGCGCAGUGCCGAAGUGAGCGGGGGGCUGAAGAUUGACUCAAGCACAGUUGUGGACAUUCAGGAGAGCCAGUGGCCUGGAUUUGUCAUGCUGCACUUCGUGGUGGGUGAGCAGCAGAGCAAAGUGAGCAUCGAGGUGCCCCCUGAGCACCCUUUCUUCGUCUAUGGCCAGGGCUGGUCCUCCUGCAGCCCCGGGCGGACUGCACAACUCUUCUCUCUGCCCUGCCAUCGGCUUCAGGUGGGAGAUGUCUGCAUCUCUAUCAGUUUACAGAGCUUGAACAGUAACUCAGUCUCUCAGUCCAGCUGUGCUCCCCCAGGCCAGCUGGGUCCUCCCCGAGAAAGACCUGAGAGGACAGUCCUGGGACCCCGAGAGCAAUGUGACAGUGAUGGGAAAAGCCAGCCGUCAGGCGAGGGCUCCCGGUCGGUAGAGCCCUCGCAGCCGGAGCCUGGUGCUCAGGCCUGCUGGCCUGCCCCGAGCUUCCAAAGAUACAGCACGCAAGGGGAGGAGGCGCGGGCUGCACUGCUCCGUCCCUCUUUCAUUCCGCAGGAGGUGAAGCUGUCCAUCGAAGGGCGCUCUAAUGCGGGGAAAUGAACCUAUCCCAGACCCGGACUGGGGCUCCAGCCCAGAGCUGGGCCUCACCGUGAGUGAGCAGAGGAUUUGCACAUGCCGACCAGGGGGUAGCUCUCUGGGCAGUGAGGUUAGUGGGGAAGAGGCGGCACGAAGGCAGCCUCCCAAGGCAGGGUCUGUUACCUGUCACCCCAUGGCAUCCUUUGAGAACAGCCCCCACUGGGGUGCUGUGAUGGGGAGCAGCAGGCCUGGGCCAAGGAAGGAAGGGGGUGCACACAGGAUAAGAAACAUUCCAAAUAUCAGGGCCCCCAUGUUCUUUCCUCUUCAUCCCUGGCUCCUGCAAGGAGAGAGUCAGGCUUUGGGAGCAGGUGGCAGAGGGAGGGAGCAAAGAAAGAGCCAAAAAUGAUGAUCCACAGCUUAUAGUAGCAGUUCAGCUGUCUGAAGUUGUGUUUUUUUUUUUUCCUUUCUUUUUUGUGAUGGGAGGACAGGAGGCCCCAUGGUUGGAAGUAAGAGGGUUCCCACCCAGAACUCUUCUUUUGAGAGCUGUGCACUUUAAAGGGUAGUUUUGUUACAGAUGUUGGAGGCUGGGUUUUUUUGCAGGGGACUCUGCGUGACCCUCUGCUCCAGCCAUUUCCUGUCUCCCCACCGUUCCUCCCACAAGGCUUCUAGCAUCCUACCAGGAGAGAGAAGCCCCUCCAAGGCUCAGAGUGGAGACCUAUCUUGGCGGGGACCCAGUUGCGGGAUAUGAGGAGAAAGACCUGAUGGCCAGGCUGACCAGGCUCUAGGCAGAGCUUCCGGAAGGGCAGCUGACGUGACAAAGCCCCUCCCACUCAGUGUGCCAGACCCACUUUGAAACUGUCCUGAACCUUGAGUUGCUAAUGGUGACUUUCAAAACAACCAGUGGACCCUUCGCCCCAGGCCCCUAUACCCGCUCCUCUGUCUGUCUUUGUUGUGCCUAAGUGCCUGCGCUGCCCCCACCCUCUGCUGACCUAACCUGUCUGCUUGGUGUCUUGACCCGGGCCUAAUUUUUAGCUGCAUUGCCGUUCCCUUUCUACAAAACUGGUUUUGUCCACGCUGACCAACACCUCUAGUUUUUGGUGUGUAGGGGGUCUCUCUGGCUUCCCUUUCAGUUAUUCUCUAGUUUUAAAAACUCAUCAGAGUCAUGUCCCCUCCUGUCCUGUAGUUGAACCGUUUGGCGGAGAAACAAGAAUGGAACUAUGCCCUGGGUCGGGGCCAGUAUCAGUGGCUGGGCAGUGCCCAUCCUUAGGUUUUUACAGAGUCCCUCCCACCUUACUCCACACCCUCUCCCAGCAUUUGGGCUUCCCCAAGCUGUCUCCUCCCACAGCCCGCUCUAAGGUGUUGGGAUAGUCUUUUUUUUUUUUUUUUUAAUUUUGUCCGUAGGAUUUUAGUUCCUUAAAUCAGGGACUGAACCUAGAUCCUCAGCAGUGAAAGCAUGGAGUCCUAACCACUGGACCACCAGGGAAUUCCCUGAGAUACUCUUGUUAAUAUUUCAAUACCUGAGAAGUCUCCUAGAUUUCAUUUCGUGGUGGAGUAUUCCUCUGCAAAGAGUUUUUCCAAUCUUAGUUGCAUGUGCCCCCAUGUCUUAAGCCCAUUUUUUUCUUCAUGACUUUUUAGCAUCAGCUUGGACUGUGGGAUUCCAGUGGAUGUUGAGAAUUAGGCUUCCCCCAUCAGUUUUCAGGUGGGUGGGUGGGUAUUCUGUUUGUAUGGCUGUGGGGGGAGCCUUAGACUCUUGAAACAACUCAGGGUAUUGUCCACUCAGUUCUCUGGUGAGGCUUCUCCCAGGGUAUGACCCUGGCCUUUCAAGAUGGACUGGCCGAGGCCUGGCCUGUCAUCCAGAGUCCCAAACCUCUGAGGUCUGAUCUCUGCUCUGUCGAAGACUUUAGGCAAGUCUUGUGACCUCUCACUUUUUCACUUCCUCCCCAGCUGCCAAAUGGGGAUAAAUAAUUUUACCUACCUCCUGGGGGGAGGGGGAGUUCUGAGAAUGGAGUCAUUCUUAGUGUUCAGGUGCUAAAGGUUGUUCUCCUGGGGGAACAGAGUGACUGAGACUGGCCUGUUUGCUCCAAGCCCUACACUCCACAGUUUCAUUCCUUGCAAGCAGUUUCCUGGUCAGUCAGCUCCUGGAGGCCUGUCCAAAGGAAACUGCUGACCUGAUCACUUCAGUCUCCGGUUCACCUCAGAACCAAACACCAGCCAUGUCUGGUGAACACCCAACCUUGUACACAUUUGGGAUCAUGUCCUUUCCCUUCUCUGUCCCCGCUCUCUCUCAAUGCUGCUUUCUCUAGCUUGUUUCGACACUGGGGGCCUGUGGGGCUGAGUCUUAAGGAAUUUUCUCAGAGGAGGCCUCCAGAGAAGGCCUCAUUUCUGGCUGCUCCACAAGCAAUUCAUUCCCAGUUUCUCAUACCCAGGUGUCUCAGAAACCUCCUUUCUCAUUAGGAAGGCUCAUCCACUGAAUAUAGUGACAGGCACAUAGUAAAUACUCGAGAAAUAACUACCAUGGAUACCAACCAAGCUUCUUCCUUGUGGGAGCAAACCUCUGUCUAACCAGAUACACGCCAAGUAGUUUAAAUACAAAAACCCCUCACUGCCCAGCCUGGUAAUUUCCACUUAAUUCUGGAAAGAGAAAAUCUUGUGCACCUUGGCGAGCUGGGUCCUGAGCUUUCUGCUGCUGUUCCUCUUCAGUCUCUUGCUGGUAAAGCAAUACCAGCACUUCCCCUGAUACUGUGCCAUGCUUAUGUAAUAUAUUGAUACUUGACUUUGCUGAGCUGCAGAGGUGUCUUGUGUAAAGUAUGGUCUCCCAGGGAAAGAAGCUCUGUGCUCUAGGUCCUGGUCAGAGCACUGGCAUUCCCCUUACCUUUUCCCUCUGUUCAGUCUUUUCUUCCAGGUGUGAGGAAUGAAUAACCUAUGAUGUGUCCAUUCUUCCUCGUGAAGAUUUCAUAAGUGUUAUUAUAAGAGGCCUAAGAGCAGUUUGAAAGAAUGAGUGUUUUGGUGGGAUGCUGUCAGCUUUGGGGGGGUAGUGGACAGUUGGAGAAGGCCAGUGUCUGGGGUAGGACAUCCUAGAGCUUAGACAUAGAAAGGACGAUGGCUGACUCUGGCGUUACACAGAAAUGCCUACACUGGUUUGGGAGGUGGACCAGGUGAAGGACAGGUAAGACAUCCAAGUCUUGGAUAACCAUUUCUAUCAAGAUUAAUGUACAAGGAGGGGGUUUAGCAUGGGGGAAGGGGAAACUGGGAGGUCAGAGCUGAGCACUGGUAGCCCAGUGAGGAGGUGCGGCCAGUAGAUCUGGACUGAUCCUUCUAUACUCUUGGUUCAGUUGGUUGUCACAUCAGGGGCUUUGGUCUGUGCUGCUUUGCCACUGCUGCUGUCUAUUCACUGUCCUGCCUGCUGCCCUUCACAGUGCUCUUUCUGUGUCUUUGGCCAUAUAGGUGAGACCCAGGCAUCCUGUCCAUCCUUACCUGUGCAAGGGUUACUUUGUAGCAAAGUCAUGUUGAGUAGGGAUGGUAUGAAAUGCUGCUGGUGGGCUGGUGAAUCCAAAGGGAUGUGGCUUCAGUGCGUCUUGGGAGCCCUUUGGCUCCAAAUAUCUGACUCUUGAAGAAGAGACAAGUGGGUCCUGUAAGUGGUGUUUUCUGUGUAUUCGCUUCUUUCCUUUAUAAUAUCUUGUAUCCUGUUUUAAAACUUAAAUGAUGGGGAACCAGGUUAGGACCUGUGUCAGCAUCCCAGGGAGGUUCAUCUGGCUCCAGUUAAGUUGAUUCUGGGGUUGGAGGGUUUGAAAUAGACCCUCAGGUGGGGUUUAGUUUUAUUUUUACCACUGGGCACCAUAGAAGAUGCACAGCGUGGAGGUAUGAUUUCAGCCUGCAAGAAGCAGGAAUGUUGAAAAGUUGAGUGAUCACACUGGAGAUAAAGGGUAGACAUGAGUUGACUGGGAAGGGGCUUGGGUCCAUUGGAGUAAAGACAACCUGGUUGACUGAAUUGGCCGUGGGAGAUUUAAGUUACAGUCUUAUAGCAAAUAGUGCAGAGGCCAAGUUUUAGGGAGACUUCUUGGCCUCUGAGGCUAAGAUUACUAAACCACACUGAAGCUACAAUACUUUCCAGAUGGGAAGAAGUGUACACUACAGUUGAAGAUCUGAACCAUGUGAGGUUGGAUGUUGACCAGGAACCUAUUAGCCCUUUGCUGGGAAGCCUUCACCCUCCAGCUUCCCUGGGAUAGGCAGGGCCUCCCGCAUUAUGCAAUAAUAAAAAACGCAUCUGGGUCUUUGCAGCUGUCAGUUGCUCUUUCAACUCUAGGAUCCUUCUUUGGGCCACACGUCUGGUCUGGGCCUAGGAUGAUGCUGGCCCUUGAGAUGCUAGAGUCGACUGCACACUCUCCUUACCUGCAGACUAUGCACAGUGCCUGGGGCGGAAGGAGGAGAGGUGGUGCGGUGUGCCCUGCUGAGCCUCCCCAGCAGGAACAGUAGUAAUAAAUGCACUUUUCACACUAAGGUUUCUUUAUUAGUUCUCCUAUUAAGCCUAGAUCCUCCCCUGGUAGACUGCAAACUCAAAAGUCUGUGUGAUUCCCCCAAGCCAUUCUACUGCAAAUGCCCAGCAGUGAAGAUGGCCUCAAAUUGAGUUCCUGUCUGCAGUGUGUGUGGCGGCAGCCCAUGUGCCUUUACCUAUUGUCAAACUUGCAAGCAUUUAUUUUGGUCUUUAUGACUGUCAUGGGGACUGAGGUUCUUCAAAGAGAGAGCGAGCGCGCGUGCGAGUGUGAACAAGCUGAUGACACUGGUUUUACAUCCACUCCCUGCACAGGGAGUUUGCACAUAGUUGUGAGCUGCGAGUGGUUACUGCAUCACUGAGGUUGCUGAAGGGAGGGUUCAUCUCUCAUUUGCUUGACACUCGCAUUCAAGAGAAGCUUGUGUUGGGGAAGAGACUGACAGUACUCUUGGCAAACUUAAAGUAUUAAAAAUAAGGCUGUCCCCUACAACCUCCCUCGUCACACACAGGAUCCCUGUAGCCAAAACAGUGUAUGUUCCAGCCGCAGAGAGCAGACUGCUCUCAGCUUGCACAGCACCUUAGGGGAGGGAAGAGUAUAUGGGUAGGGAACGGGGUGGAGAAGGGAGGAUGGGGAUAUUGUCAUCCAGGUGGCUUUAGGGUCCUGAGGAGUAGUAGAGGACGGCACUGGGGAGGUCUGAUGGAUGGAUCUGAUUUGUGUAGGAGUUCCCUGUAGAUAAAUUACUGAUCCCCCAACUACUAUCCCCAGUAUGUAAUGGCUAAAUUAAUAUGUAAUCAACUGCAUUGUAUCUAAAGCCUUAGAACUAGUCAGGUGCUCCCCCCACCCAAUACCAUUUCUUACCCUCUAAUCCUACCUGAUCUUUAACAAAGCAUUAAUAAUUCUAAGGAUAAUCUCUAUUUUGUUGUGCUUUUUUGUAACUGUUUUAAAUAAAUCAAUUUGUACUGUAUAUUUGUACUUUUGUGAGAUCCUUUUUGCUGUUUUACCAUUUUAAGUCUCUGUACUUGGCUACACACAGAUUGUAUUUUUAUUGUUAAUGCUCUUCUUAUGGAUACCUGCAUUUAACUUGUGGACUAUGUAAACACAUAUAUCAAUAUCUAUAUAUCUAUAUAUCUAUCUAUAUAAACUACUAGCUUUUC